GUAUGGCGGUGUUCGGCGUGCGCGGUGGAGUUGUGGUUUGGUCGUCGGUGCGUUGCAUAAUCGGCGGUAACCAGCUGUGAUCGCGGGGGCGAGCGAGCGCGAACAAGCAGGCGGCGCGGUGAGUUUCGACAACGAUUGACGCUACGACAGCUCGACGACAGUGCCUCCCGCGGACCAAGAGAUAUGCCGCAGAGUGGAGGCGCGCAUUGUUAGCGCUGGCAAGGAUGCGGGAUCGGUCAUCGCCAAUCACGGAUCGGUAACGAACGGCGAGGAGCGGCGGCACGUAGUCGGCGACAGCGUACCGCUCAGCAUGACGGCGAUCAAGGGCAGCGGCACGCCGGGCGCCCCGCGCCAGCUCAACGUCCUGAGCAACUUCAAGUACGAGUACUUCGUCGCGGGCAUCUCCGGCGGCGUCGUCUCGACCCUGAUGCUGCACCCGCUGGACCUAAUCAAGAUCCGAUUCGCAGUGAACGAUGGUCACACGAAGGCGGCACCGCGGUACAACGGUCUCAGAAAUGCCAUCGCUCAGAUCGUUAAAACCGAAGGUUUGCGUGGGCUCUACAGGGGUGUAACACCGAACGUUCUGGGAUCGGGCAGUUCGUGGGGUUUCUACUUCUUCUUCUACAACACGAUAAAGACUUCGAUCCAAGGUGGCAAUUCGAAGAAACCGCUCGGACCGUCGAUGCAUAUGUUCGCUGCAGCUGAUGCCGGAGUGCUUACAUUGCUCAUGACUAACCCGAUCUGGGUGGUAAAGACGCGGCUGUGCUUACAAUACGCUGACGAUGUGAAUAUGGCGGAGUCCAAGAAGUAUCGCGGCAUGAUUGAUGCUUUAAAGAAGAUUUACAAGACGGAGGGUAUUAGAGGCUUAUAUAAGGGUUUAGUUCCUGGAUUAUUUGGUGUUUCACACGGUGCGAUACAGUUCAUGGCGUACGAAGAGAUGAAGAAUAAAUACUACAAUUACCUGAAUGUACCCAUCGAUACGAAAUUGAGUACUACUGAAUACAUCGUUUUCGCGGCUUUUUCCAAGCUGAUCGCUGCAGCGUCGACGUAUCCUUAUCAGGUGGUGAGGGCGCGGCUUCAGGAUCAUCAUCACGAUUAUCGGGGCACCUGGCAUUGCGUCCAAUGCACAUGGAGGUAUGAGGGUUGGCGUGGCUUUUACAAGGGUUUAAGCGUAAACCUCACCAGAGUGACCCCGGCGACAGUUGUCACGUUUGUGGUCUACGAAAAUGCGCUUCAUUAUCUGCAAUCCCAGCGCGCCGCCGUGAAAGGAGCGAUCACCGUGCCUGCGGUUAACAAACUGAAGGAGUAAGGUAAAACCAGGGGAUUUCUCGGAGUUUUGCCGAAAUACACGUGUAAUCGUGUGUUCGGAGUCGUGCGAAUAAUAUUCUGCUACACGACACAUGGGACUGAGAAACCAGUGAAUCGUAAUUACAAUAAUAAAAUUCUACUGUGAAGAAAAGACUUAAGGUACAAGCUUCAAAAAACAACGGUUUAAAUUUGUCGCAAAUGAUCACAGCAUAGCUGGACGGAGAAAAGACUGCAAGCAUUAGAAUUAAUAAUCUUAAGGAAAGCUCAUUACUUGUUUAUUUAAUAUUUUUAUUUGCCAAUAGUAGAUAUAAUAAGUACUUCUCACAUUGUUUUAAAAUCUCGUAGAUAUUUUUUUUAAGUGUUAUCCAUGAUUUUUUUUGUUAAUACUACAUUUCAUUUUGUCAUAAUAAUUGUCUUUAUCUUGUAUUACUUUUUAUCGAUGUAGGAGUAUUCCUAGUAGAAAAGCUUUAAUAGAGAUUAGAAAAUUUCUAAUGUUACAGUGGCCUGUGUGUAAAUCAUCCUUGAAUAAAAUAUAAAAGUUGGAUGCUUGAAGAAUACAAAUGAUAGAAGUUUUCGGAUGCUUGUUCGAAUUGCACCGAUGAUAAUAAAAAUCGUUUGCAUUGAUUAUUUACAUUGAAAUUGCAUCUUUAUUUUUCAUGCACAAUUUGAUUACAUUCGCGAGUUUUUGCAAGACAUAAUAGUUAUUGUAUGUUUUCUGUUAUAAUUACAAUUACAAAUUUGUUAAUUAUAGAGAAAGAUAAGAUUUUGAAUGAUA